AGCCGGAGCAGCACGCGGGAGCGCGGCCCCGCAGCGGGCCGGCCGAGAGAGCGGCGCCGAGACGCGGCCGCGAGCGAGGACCCCGGCGUCCAGCGCGACUCGGCCCCCACCCCCGGCCCCCACGAGGACCCCGGCCGCGGAGCGCGGCCUCGCCCGCCUCGUCCGCCCCGGCCGCCGGGCCGCGGGCAUGGACGGCGCCCGCUCGCCCUAGAUGGACGGCGAUGGCGGCCGCCGGGACGGGCCCCGCGCGCUGACGGAGGCCGGGCGCGGCGCGGGGCCCGCGGGCAUGGCGGAGCCGGCGGCGGGGCCGAGGGCGCGGGCGGCGCGGCCCGGGCCCCAGCGCUUCCUGCGGCGCAGCGUGGUGGAGUCGGACCAGGAGGAGCCGCCGGGCCUGGAGGCGGCCGAGGCGCCGGGCGCGCAGCCCCCGCAGCCGCUGCAGCGCCGGGUGCUGCUGCUCUGCAAGACGCGCCGCCUCAUCGCCGAGCGCGCCCGCGGCCGCCCCGCCGCCCCUGCGGCCCCCGCCGCCGCCCCGCCGCCCGGCAGCCCCGCCGCCCCCGGCCCCGAGCCUGCGGGCGCGCAGGAGCCCGGCCCCGACCCCGCGGCCCCCGGAGACCCCCGCGAGGACGAGGCGGCGGCGGCGGCGGCGGCGCCCGAGGCGAGGCCCGAGCCGGGGCGCGCCCGCCGGGGGGAGCCCGAGGAGGAGGAGGACGACGAGGACCUCAAGGCCGUGGCCACCUCCCUGGACGGCCGCUUCCUCAAGUUCGACAUCGAGCUGGGCCGCGGCUCGUUCAAGACGGUCUACAAGGGGCUGGACACGGAGACCUGGGUGGAGGUGGCCUGGUGCGAGCUGCAGGACCGGAAGCUCACCAAGCUGGAGAGGCAGCGGUUCAAAGAGGAGGCCGAGAUGCUCAAGGGCCUGCAGCACCCCAACAUCGUGCGCUUCUAUGACUUCUGGGAGUCCAGCGCCAGGGGGAAGAGGUGCAUCGUGCUGGUGACCGAGCUGAUGACCUCGGGGACGCUGAAGACGUACCUGAAGCGGUUUAAGGUGAUGAAGCCCAAGGUGCUGCGCAGCUGGUGCCGGCAGAUCCUCAAGGGGCUGCUCUUCCUGCACACCCGGACGCCCCCCAUCAUCCACCGCGAUCUCAAGUGUGACAACAUCUUCAUCACGGGGCCCACCGGCUCUGUGAAGAUCGGUGACUUGGGCCUGGCCACUCUCAAGAGGGCGUCCUUCGCCAAGAGUGUGAUUGGUACCCCAGAGUUCAUGGCACCUGAGAUGUACGAGGAGCAUUACGACGAGUCUGUGGACGUCUACGCCUUUGGGAUGUGCAUGCUGGAGAUGGCCACCUCGGAGUACCCCUACUCCGAGUGCCAGAAUGCCGCCCAGAUCUACCGGAAGGUCACCUGUGGCAUCAAGCCUGCCAGCUUUGAGAAGGUGCACGAUCCCGAAAUCAAGGAGAUUAUCGGGGAGUGCAUCUGCAAAAACAAGGAGGAGAGGUACGAGAUCAAGGACCUGCUGAGCCAAGCCUUCUUCGCAGAGGACACGGGUGUGAGGGUGGAGCUGGCUGAGGAGGACCACGGCAGGAAGUCUACCAUCGCCCUGCGCCUCUGGGUUGAGGACCCCAAGAAACUGAAGGGCAAGCCCAAGGACAAUGGGGCCAUAGAGUUCACCUUUGACCUGGAGAAGGAGACGCCGGACGGUGUGGCACAGGAGAUGAUCGAGUCGGGAUUCUUUCAUGAGAGCGAUGUGAAGAUUGUGGCCAAGUCUAUCCGUGACCGCGUAGCGUUGAUCCUGUGGCGGCGAGAGAGGAUCUGGCCGGCGCUGCAGCCCCCGGAGCAGCGGGACCCAGGCAGCCCCGACAAGGCCAAGGGCCCGCCCGCACCCCUGCAGGUCCAGGUGACCUACCACGCGCAGGGCGGGCCGCCGGAGCCCGAGGAGCCCGAGGCAGACCAGCACCUCCUGCCUGCCGCGCUGCCGGCCAGCGCCACCUCCCUGGCCUCGGACAGCACGUUUGACAGCGGCCAGGGCUCCACGGUGUACUCGGACUCGCAGAGCAGCCAGCAGAGCGUGGUGCUGGGCUCGCUGGCGGACACGGCGCCGCCCCCGGCCCAGUGCGUGUGCAGCCCCCCUGUGAGCGCGAGCGACGGGCCCGUCCUGCCGUACAGCUUGGCCUCGGUGGGGCCCUACCAGCAGCCGGCCGUGCCUGGCCUGCCGGGGAGCUCCAUCCCGCCCCCGGCCCACCCCCCGCUCCCGCAGCAGCAUUUCCCGGAGCCGGCCAUAAGUUUUGCCCCCGUGCCGACUGGCCCAGGCCAGCCUGUGCCCGCUGGCCAGCAGCCUCCUCCACUGGCCCAGCCAACGCCCUUGCCCCCGGUCUUGGCCCCACCGCCCAUGGGCCCCCUCCAGCCGGUCCCCCCCCACCUGCCGUCCUACCUAGCUCCGACUUCCCAGGUGGUGGCCCCCGCUCAGCUGAAGCCCCUCCAAAUGCCGCCAGCGCCUCUGCAGCCUCUGCCUCAGGUGCCUGCUCAGGUGCCUCCGCUUGCUGUUGGGCCGCCCGUCGCGCCCCUGGCCUCCACGGACAGCCUCCCCGCAGCUCUGCCUGACCUGCCGGCCGCCACUGGGCCCGCCGUCCCCGCCGUCCCCGCCGUCCCCGCCGUCCCCGCCGUCCCCGCCCCCUCUCAGUAUUUCUCUCCCGCCGUCAUCUUGCCAAGCCUGCCGCUCAGCGCCGCCGCUGCCCCCCUGCCCGCGUCGCCAGCCCUGCCCCUGCAGGCGGUCAAGCUGCCCCACCCCACCGGGGCGCCGCUGGCCGUGCCGUGUCGGACCAUUGUGCCAAACGUGGCGGCCACCGCCACCGCCAUCCCUCUGCUGGCCGUGGCCCCACAGGGUGUGGCCACCCUGUCCAUUCACCCUGCCGCCGUGGCUCAGCUCCCGGCCCAGCCUGUGUACCCAGCAGCCUUUCCGCAGAUGGUGCCCAGCGACGUCCCGCCUUCUCCCCUCCAUGCGGCACAGAACGUGCGGGCUGCCCCGUCCCAGCCGGCGCCCCCCACGCUGCCGCAGCCUCACCAGCCAAGCGUCGCGCGCCUUCCUGAGCAGGCAGCUCCGGCAGGUGGGGCAGGGAGCCAGAUCCUGCUUGGCCACCCACCUCCAUACGCUAUGGACGUCACCGCCCAGGUCCCCGCGGCACCCGUGCCAGCCGCCAUCCUCUCCCCACCUCUGCCCGAAGUGUUGCCACCUGCUGUCCCCGAGCUGCCUCAGCUCCCCAGCUCCCUGGCCCCUGCGGUGCUGGCAGCCUCUCAGAACUUGCCUGUCCAGACCGCCCCGCUCCUGCCGCCUGCUACCCACCCACCACCGCCCACCGGGCCCGGGAUCGCCAGCCCCUGCCCGGCCGUGCAGCUGACAGUGGAGCCGGCCCCGGAGGAGCAGGCCUCUCAGGACAAGCAGCCUGGCGCCCCGCAGAGCUGCGACAGCUACGGAGGCUCCGACGUUCCCUCUGGAAGAGAGAUGAGUGACAGCUGUGAGGGUGCAUUUGGCAGCGGAAGGCUGGAGGGCAGAGCCGCCCGGAAACAUCACCGCAGAUCCACGCGGGCGCGCUCCCGCCAGGAGAGAGCCAGCCGCCCCCGGCUCACCAUCCUGAACGUGUGCAACACGGGCGACAAGAUGGUGGAGUGCCAGCUGGAGACGCACAACCACAAGAUGGUGACGUUCAAGUUUGACCUGGACGGGGACGCACCUGACGAGAUUGCCACCUAUAUGGUGGAGCACGACUUCAUCCUGCAGGCUGAGCGAGAGACGUUCAUCGAGCAGAUGAAGGAUGUCAUGGACAAGGCGGAGGACAUGCUCAGUGAGGACGCGGACGUCGACCGAGGCUCCGACCCUGGGGCAAGCCCGCCGCGCCUCGGCACCUGCGGCCUGGGCACUGGGGAGGAGAGUCGCCAGCCCCAGGCCAACGCCCCGGUGUAUCAGCAGAACGUUCUGCACACGGGCAAGAGGUGGUUUAUCAUCUGUCCGGUGGCUGAGCACCCGGCGGCCGAGGCCCCUGAGCCUUCCCCCCCACUUCCUCUGAUGUCCGUGCAGCCGGACGCCAGCCAAGACACCGCACCCUGUAAAGACCAGCUGUCCUUAAAGGAAAAGUCCGGCUUCCCAGCCAGUCCACAGCAUCUGAGCCAAGCAGGCCCCAGGGACGCCCCUGGUGGUGCACCAGCCCCUUUGCCGCCAUCUUCCCCUCCCAUGACUGCUCCGCCCCAGGACGUGGCCGCAGCCGCCAGCCCCAAGCCAGAGCCCACAGUGGGGACUGCUGUGCCGGCGGGGGGCCCAGGGACCUCUCAGGGGAUGGCCAGUGAGCACAAGACCCCCCAGCCACUGGCAGAGACUCAAGACACCCAGCUUUCUGCACAGCCCCUGGGUGCCGGCGGGGGGCCUUGUGCCCCACCUCGGGAGGCCCCCCGCUACCCCUCAGGUUUGAGAGAGCCCACCUCAGCCAGGGAGGCUGCAGCCCAGGGUGAGCCCUCGCGGGCUCCGGCCCCUGCACCCAGCGCCCCCAGUGGGACCCCUCAGCCUACCAUGGGGCAGUCCCUACCCCCGUUGCCCCCUGCGGUGGGGGCCAUCAGCCUGGCCACCCCCCAGCUCCCCAGCCCCCCACUGGGACCCACCGCGGCCCCCCAGCCACCCUCGGCCUUGGAGUCAGAUGGGGAGGGCCCCCCCCCCCGGGUGGGCUUUGUGGACAGCACCAUCAAGAGCCUAGAUGAGAAGCUUCGAACUCUGCUCUACCAGGAGCACGUGCCCACCUCCUCAGCCUCGGCCGGGACCCCUGUGGAGGCGGGGGACCAACACUUGACCCUGGAGUCCCAGCCUGUGCUGGGAAAGUCCGAAACAGCCCCCGGGCUGGGGGCCACACUGGAGCAGGCUGGGUCCUCGCCAAUGACAGCAGAGUCGUCUUUGAGCCAAGAGAUAGCCUCAGGUUUGCCCACGGCACCAAGUGCCCCCCAGGAUGCCCCCGCUUCUGCCUUCCCUGCACUCCUGGAGCCCGCAGACCGGAGCAGUGGGGUCCCGGGGGAACCCCCGGCCAAGCCCACACUGGGGACACUGACGGAGGCCAGCCAGGCCAGCCACCUGCAGACGCAGGGCACUCUGGCCUCCGGGUCCCCCCAGAAGCGUCCAGGGCAGCAGGAGGGCAGCUCACCAGCCACAACCGUGGGCCGGUUCUCGGUGGUCAGCACGCAGGACGAGUGGACCCUGGGCCCCCCCCACAGCCUGCGGUACUCGGCGCCGCCGGACGUGUACCUGGAGGAGGCCCCCCACAGCCCCGACGUGAAGCUGGCCGUGCGGCGGGCGCAGACGGCCUCCUCCAUUGAGGUCGGCGUGGGCGAGCCGGUGUCCAGCGACUCUGGGGACGAGUGUCCGCGCAGGCGGCCCCCGGUGCAGAAGCACGCCUCCCUGCCCAGCGGUGGCGGCGUGGCCAGCGACUUCGUGAAGAAGGCCACCGCCUUCCUGCACAGGUCUUCACGGGCCGGCUCUCCGGGCCCGGAGACGCCCGGCAGGGUGGGUGUGAAGGUGCCCACCAUCAGCGUCACCUCCUUCCACUCCCAGUCGUCCUACAUCAGCAGCGACAACGACUCGGAGAUCGAGGACGCCGACAUCAGGAAGGAGCUGCAGAGUCUGCGGGAGAAGCACCUGAGGGAGAUCUCGGAGCUGCAGAGCCAGCAGAAGCAGGAGAUCGAGGCCCUGUACCGCCGUCUGGGCAAGCCCCUGCCCCCCAGCCUGGGCCUCUUCCACACGGCCCCUCCUGCGGGCCGCAGGAGGAAGAGCAGGAGCAAGCUGAAGGCGGGGAAGCUGCUCAACCCGCUGGUGCAGCAGCUCAAGGUCGUGGCCUCCAGCACAGGUCACUUGUCAGACUGCAGCAGAGCCCCUCCUGCUAAGGACCCUGCCCAAGCCAGGGCGGGGCCCGAAGCGGCUUCAGACCCGUGCGGGAAGGCAGUGCAGACCCAGCAGCCGUGCUCCGUGCGGGCCUCCCUGUCCGCAGACAUCUGCGCCGGCUUAGCCGCUGACGGAGGCGGAGCGCGCGGCCCAGGCUGGCCGGUUUACCACCCAACGUCUGAGAGACUGACCUAUAAGUCUAGUAGCAAACCUCGCGCUCGAUUCCUCAGUGGACCCGUGUCUGUGUCCAUCUGGUCUGCCUUGAAGCGUCUCUGUCUAGGCAAAGAGCACAGCAGUCGGUCCUCCACCAGCAGCCUGGUCCCGGGCCCUGAGCCGGGCCCCCAGCCCACCUUACACGCCCAGGCACAGGCGAACAACAGCAACAACAAGAGAGGCACCUUCACGGAUGACCUGCACAAGCUGGUGGACGAGUGGACGAGCAAGACGGUAGGGGCCACCCCGCUGAAGCCCUCGCUCAACCAGCUGAAGCAGACUCAGAGGCUGCACGGCAUGGAGGCCCCAGCGGGCUGGUCCCCGGCCACUGGCGAGGCACGGGCUAUGAACGCCUCUCGUGGAGCAGCGGGGACACCAUGUCUGGCCCCAGCGCCCAGCCCUCUAGCCACCGCGGCCAUUCCUGGAACCACCCCGGGCCUGCCCAUGCCAGUCCCUUGGUGGAGAAUCUCAUGCGCCUGGUUCCUGGGGGUGGUGGAAGCUACCUUUCUCCUGUGCACCCCCCUCUUCACUGCUGCACCAGAGAUUCUGAGAGUGAGAAGCCCGACUGAGCCCAGGCAGGCCAGCCCGACCCCGACGCCAGGCCCUGUGUCGUCACACGUGGAGAAGGCGAGUUCGCACCUCGUGUCCAGUUCACGCUGUUUUGUAACCACUUUCUAAGCAUUUUUUAUUCACAACUGGAAACACAAAUGUAAUGCAAGAAUAAAGAAUAUUUUGGGGGAAAA